GAAUUACUAACUAUAGUCGGCUGGAUUCCAGUGCUAGAAUUUACUAAUUGAGUUCGUUGCUAGAUGUGUCGGAAUGUUGCUGCUACAGCUUAUGGUGGUCAGUUUAUGUUUGGCGUCCAAAACUGUUGCCGAAUCAUGUGGAAACAAACAAAUCAACGUCAAAACAACACGCGAAGAAAAUGGCAGUAGUGCAACUCCUGGUUCCUGGCCAUGGCAUGGAGCUCUCCUCAGAAGGGGAAGACCGACUUCCGUUUAUGUUUGUGGGAUAACGAUAGUUUCAAAGGAUGCCAUCGUUACGGCAGCGCAUUGUAUUUACAAUCCUUCGUCUAGGAGUAAAUUUGCUGCCGGAAAUUUCUACAUCAAGAUCGGAGAGACUAAUUUGAAAAAUCCCGGCAAAGAAACACAAGAGCAUAAUGUGAGUGAAAUCAUUGAACACCCGCGAUACGAUCAUGGGUCGGGCAAGAACGAUCUCGCAAUUUUGAAACUGAGAACGUCGAUCAAUUUUACGCCCUACAUCCAGCCGAUUUGUUUAUGGCGUGGAAAUUCUACACUAUCGAAGCAACCGAACCAGUUAGCUGCGAUCGUUGGCUGGAGUCGAAGUCAGGUAUCGGAAAUUCCGAAAGAUCUCACGGUCACCUUUACUUCGGUUGUUUCGAAUGAUGUUUGCCUAAAGCAAAGCACAAGGUCGUUCCAAAGUAUAUUUCACGAAAAUCGAACGUUCUGUGCGAAUCAUCCUAACAAAACCGGAUUCAAUUCUGGAGACAGUGGCAAUGGAUUGUACGUUAGGGUUGAUGGAGUUUGGAAUUUAAGAGGUAUCGUCGCUGCGGCAAAGUAUGAUCCCAGUAAAUUGUAUGUUGGAACCAAAGAUUUCGCUAUACUUACCAAUGUGGAGUUCUUUACCCAUUGGAUUUCGUCAAAAAUUUCUCUACCCAAACCUGCCAACAAAAAUAAUUUAUUGCAAUUGGCUAGGUGUGGAAUCGCUCAACGACUGCCCGAUAAUCGAUUCCAGUAUCCCUGGUUGAGUGUUCUGAACUAUCAGAGAAACUACUCAGUGGUUGAUAAAACACGACCAUGUGGGGCCAUUCUGAUACAUCCAAGUUUUCUGCUUACUUCCGGUUCCUGUAUUAACACCGAAAUCAAUUACUACCAACCAAACUUACGUAAUGGUACCACGGUUUUUGGUAAAGACAACAAAAAUAUCAUACCCGUAAAGGAAGUUUUCAAGCAUCCGCAAUAUGAUAGUCGUAAAAAGGUGAAUUACAUCGCUCUGGUCAAACUCGAAUCUCCCGCACCUUACAUACCAAUCUGCCUGUCACCAUUUUCCUCGAGAUAUCCCCCGAAUGAGCGACUGGAGGUUCCGUUCCUACAGCUGCGUCAGAACCAGAUACACCUAGACGUUCUAAACGCUUCUGUAGUCGACUGUAGCCGGGACUACGGCAACAGAUAUCCGGAUGCAAGUGCCAAUGGCAUCCGGUGCGUUGCUUAUCAACCGGUCGAGGAACGGGAGUGUGGCUAUAAGGAAUUUCUACUCAGUUCUCCGAUCCAGACCUUACACCGUGACAAAUACUACGGUCUAGCUGUUUCUAGCUUCGGUCCCCGUUGUCUCACCUCGUCCAUUUCAGAAGGUUACACCGAUCUGAUGAUGCAUCUGAACUGGAUCGCGAAAACCAUCAAAGAAAACAGCUAGGGCAUUAGACUGUUAAAAGGUGUAACGACCAAAAAGUGAUUAAAGUACCCAAGCAACCAAAAAUCCCAUAAAACAGGUACAAAAACGUUUACUCAGCCCCAUCACUGAUAUGCAGUACGUUCUAUGCAGCUCAAAAUUUUAGUUCUUAUUGAUACUUUCAAGUUCCAAAACAAGUCUUAAUGAUCUUCUAUUCAGCUUCCAGCGGCCUCUUAAUUCAGCUUCCAAAAAAUCGCAAAAUGAGCAAAAAAUCUCUCUCUUUCUCAACUGAACCGUUGGCUUCGGUUCAUAUCACCUUCUCUUGAUUUUUUACUGUGUUCUGUACUGGUGCCGCCAUGAUGCCCCGCACCGGAUUUCAAACUCGACAAAUUGAUCAAAGGCUUCUUUCCUAGAUUUCCUACAUAUAUCGCAUCAUAACUCAAGUACAAAAUUACUUAUUGGAAAAAAUAACUUGCCCGGCUUGGUGAUCGAACCCCGACCUUCGUGGUGAGAAUCGAACACGCUACCACGAGACCACGCCUAGAUGUUGUUCUAACUGAAACUAAAACUCGAAGAGGUGAUUUGAUUUUGAAAGCACAUCAACGCACUUUUUGUGACUUAUCAAAUCCCGUUUGAGCACUUUUUUGUGCCCUUUAUGUGACUUAAGUCCCGUAUAACGUACGUAUAGAUCACUUUUGCAACUUUCAAAUUCAUUAAUGAGUACAUAAAGUUCACUAAAGGGAAUUGGGCAGUUGAUUCUCUUUGUCAGCCAAUAUGUAACUUUCAAUGCCUUCAUUCAGGUAAAUAUGUGACUUUUGGUUGCUUGGGUAAUCCUUCUUCUCCUUAGGUACGAAUUGGACUCUUUUUUUUUGCCGCAUUCGCCAAAUCCGAUUGAAAUAGCACAGAACUUCUCAGGAUUCGUUAGGAGUGGUUUUUUGAGCCACUCGUUGACCUAAACUUUCUAGUAAACCAGAUAAUUUCUUGCGAAUUUCGACAACUUCAUGUUUUAAAAUAUCACAGGGAAAAAGUAUAGUUUUUUCAACAAUAUUCAUCAUAUGUUCAACUGUAUUUAUGAUUGAUUCUUUACCAUAGAUAUAAUAGAUUUUCUGGUUGAUAUUUUGCGUUCAGCUAUACAUGUAAUAGACUCAAUUACAGUUGUAUGAUUGUUUUAAUGCAUUCAACUAUAAAUAUAAUAGAUUUAACUAUAUCAGUAUGAUUGCAUACAUACAUAAUAUUAGAUGGUAAAUUCAACUUUACUCAUAUGAUUGGUUCAACUAUAGAUAUUGUAGGUUCAACUUCACUUACAUGAUUGAUUCAACUACAUAAAGUCUGCUUCAUUUAAUAUUGGAACACAAACAAUUGCGUGUAGUUCAGUCAUUUAUUAACGAAUUCAUAAUUUGUUUUUCAUACAAAUGUAGCAUUUUCUUUAGUCUUUCAUAAAAAAAAAUUAAAAAAAAUAUUCAUUGCUGUUUCGAAGAAAUUCUCGUACUUUUCCCGUAAUACGGCACAUUAGGCGGCGCACACCCUUUUCGUCCACCGUUUUGGCGAUUUGAUUCCACCAGUUCUUCAUUUGAGUCAUGUUCCUAACAAGUUUUCCCUUUGCCUUAAGCCUCCGCUUCGUGAUUGCCCAGUAUUUCUCUAUAGGCCGGAACUGGGGGCAGUUUGGGGGGUUGAGGUCCUUCGGUAUUACGCUGACCCCGUUCGUUGCGUACCAUUUCAUAACCGUUUUGCUGUAAUGGCAGCUUGCGAGGUCCGGCCAAAACAUUACUGGACGGUCGUGGGCACGAAUAAACGGCAGAAUCCGUUUCUGUAGGCACUCUUUUUUGUAGACUUUUGAUGUCAUUGUCUUGUCAGUGAGAAAGACUUUGGUUUUCUGUCCACAACUGCAUAUCCCCUGCCAAAUCAUGUACUUGCGGGCGAAUUUAUCCGCAAACACGAACUUAAAUUUUGCAGGUACAUCCCCCCGAGCCGUCGCCAAGUAAAAUUUUUGACCUGGGAUUUGCCCAAAGUCCGCCUUCACGUAGGUCUCAUCGUCCAUCAGAAUACAUCCGUCGAACUUGGUCAGCACUUGGUCGUACAGCUUUCGAGCACGGAUUCUGGCCACAUUGUUCUGCUUCAGCGUCCGAUUUGGCUGUUUGCUGGCUCGGAAUGAUCUAUUUCUUCCCGGAGACGAAUUCGUCGCACCGUACUGUGAGCGGCCUGGAACUUAUUGGCCAAAUCGCGGUCUGAAAGAUUGGGAUUCCUCUUGACGGCCUUGAUGACUUUCCCACGCAGUUUCCGGUCGACAGUUCCACUCCGACGCUUCGAAUGCGGCUUCCGAGCCGUCGUCAAUGUUUCCUUGUACUGCUUGAUAACACGCCAUACGGUAUUUCUGGGCAUUUUAAGCUGUUUAGCUAGCUUCGAUGCCGACAACAAUGGAUUUUCAAGAAAACUGUGCACAAUUUGAUCUCUCCGUUCGGCUUCCAUGGCGGUUGUUUACAAAAUGCUAUCGUUUGGUGUUAUGACAUAAAUACAUGGUGAAAGGUAAUGAAUAUCCCGACACGUGGGUGAAAAAAGUUUCCAAAUCCGUCCACUAGGAGCGUCACAAUGAGCAAAAGAAUUUGUUCCAAUAUUAAAUGAAGCAGACUUUAUAUAUUUAAAUUUAUAUUUUAUCACAUAUCAUAUCACGGUUUCAUAACUUGAACAAUCCCAACAGUUGAUGAUUGAAUCCUGCAGCUUAAGAACAGCCAGCAGUUUUGGUUCUACAUGGGUCAACCUUUGACGUCACAAUCCUGGAAUCCGAAAACUAUACACAGUAAACGAAAAUUUCCGAGUUCGGUAAUUGUUUUACCGAAAUCUUAACAUGUGU